CUGAGUUCACACUAGCAAGCAGAAGUCACUCAUUUCAUGUGUUGUGAAGAAAUAACAAGGUUCAAAAAUGCAAGCUGUCUAUGAAGAUAUGAGUUUAAAUAUCUGCAAAAUGGACAGUAUUGAAAACUAUCACUUUCCAACAGACAUAGAGGAUGAUAUUUAUGUGAAUACAGAAGACUGUCGCGCAGAGCUGAAAAACCCAGGAUUACAAGCAGUGGAUGAUGACAAUGUGAACACACAGCAGCUGCAUCCGAAGACUAAACAACGCACAGCUUCAUCUAGAUACAACAUCAUCAUAUCUGCUCUUGGUCUUCUGCUGCUUGGAGCAUUAUCAUCACUUUGUGCUGUAGGGAUCUUGUAUCACAAUAAAGUUGUUUCCACUGAGAUAUUAAGUGAAGGACACGAGAACACUACAGCUGAACUGAUGGUGCUACAAUACAAAGCCACUGAGACAGAGAAACGGAUUGGGAUGCUGAAGGCAAAAUACCAGCAAGCUCAUGAACGUCUGUCUGCAUGCAAUGCAAAACAAACCUGUACACUUUGUGAGGAAGGAUGGAAGUCUCUUGGUUUAAAGUGUUACUACUUCUCCACUCAUAAACUGAACUGGACACAGAGUCGAGAUUACUGUGUGGAGAAAGGAGGUCACCUGGUGAUUAUAACCAGCCAAACUGAACAGGGCUUUUUAUUCCCACAAAUUGGAGAAACACACUGGAUUGGCUUGAAUGACUUGGAGACUGAGGGUCAGUGGAUGUGGGUGAACAACCAGCCCUUAAACGAGACGGGUGUAACGUUCUGGUUUAGUGCUCCAGAGGGACCAAAUCAGCCUGAUAACUGGACAAAGAUGGAUCCUUCUGGAGAGAAUUGUGCUGCUCUGGGGGAUGCAAAUGGUAACAUACAUACGUGGUUUGAUGCUUCUUGUAGUACAAUCAAAAAGUGCAUCUGUGAAAAGUAAAAGACUUUUCUCUUACAUUUGAGUCUGCAAAUAUUUGUUUUUACAAAUACUUGUUCUUGGUUGUUGUGACAGAGUGAACUGUCUCUAUCUUCAACAUGACGCUACUGUACAUAUCACACACACUUUCACUUCUCCUCUGUUUCUAGCUACAGCGCUGUGGGUGCACACACACGCCAGUUAGCACGCCGCUUGCUCGCAUACACACCGCACACACUCACUUCAUUCUCUCAUUCCGAACAAUAAGCACACACACUCACACUCACACACACACACACAAGGACUUUGUACUUCUUUAUUUAUUUUUUCUUAAAUAUCUAUGUACAAGUUUCCUUUUGUGGGGUUAAGUUUUAUAAACUCGUCAGUUCAGGGUGGGAGUUGUAGGUGUGGAUGGUGGAGUUAUUGGAGUUGGAGAAGCUAUUAAGUAAAUGCACAAUUGUAGGUGCUGUAUCUUUGUAUAUAGUUCUCUUUAUUUCCCUCGGAUUUUCUUUGAUUUUCUUUAUUUUUCCACUGUUUCUUUUCUGGGAGUUGUAAAUAUUUUGGACUUUGCAUUUGAGCACCCUGUAAAUAAACACCACUUUACACUGAACAUCACAGCGAGUAUUGCCAUCAUUUGGGUAGAAGGCGAACCCGUAAGGCCGCUCUACCACAGUUGUUGACUAUAAAUAUCUAUUUACUGUAUAUAAAUUAAUUAAUUAAAUUCUUCACGGUCACGGGGAGCCUGUGCCUAUCUCAGGCGUCAUCGGG